AUGCGUCCCCUUCCGCAGAGAGUAUGCAUUUACUGCAAACUAUCUCGUCGCUCUUUCGCAUCCGCUGUGCGUCCGCCAACGGCUCCUAAACCCACCCCCGAUGUCAAACAUGUCCGUCAGAAUCCCGAACUCUAUGCGCAGAACUGCCGCGAUCGAAAUUACCCUGCGCAUGCGGAUUACCCUUCGACGAUACAACAGCUCUCCGAAGAGCUCCGCCAGAUUGAUCAACAGCUCAUGCCGUCUCGCUCUCGAAUAAAAGCACUUGAGAAAACAAUUGGGAGACUUCAGAACCCGGCCACCGACCCGAAAGAAAAAGAGCAGGAACCAGCUCUCCGGGGCGAGGCCCAGCAAUUGAAAGACGAAUCUCUCACACUAACAAAUCGAAAGACAUCCUGCAGCGAACAAAUUCAUGAACUCGCCCUCUCUCUACCAAACCUUUCCUCCUCUCAUACGCCUGUCGGCUCGGACCCUGCUCUCAUCGAAUACCUCAAUUUCGACCCUAAAUCGCCGCCUUCCUGGGUCGCCAAGUCUGACCCCUCGCGUUCUCAUGUUGCCAUCGGCUCUGCACUUGGUCUUAUUGACUUUGCUAGUGCUGCCACUACUACCGGCUGGGGCUGGUACUUCCUCAUUGGCGAGGGAGCCAUCCUAGAACAAGCCCUAAUUCAGUACUCCUUGUCUGUUGCCCGCCGCCACGGCUGGGUUCCAGUUUCACCACCAUCCGUCGUCUAUUCUUACGUUGCCGAUGCUUGUGGUUUCCAGCCUCGCGAUCAAAACAGUGAGCAACAAAUAUGGGCUAUCGAGCAAGCGGAGAAGGACAAAACAAAGCCCCAGCGGUCUCUCGCUGCCACGGCCGAGAUCCCUCUAGCUGCUAUGCACGCCGGUCGUGAUCUCGAUGCAUCUACUCUACCGCUCAAGCUAGUGGGACCCAGCCGCUGCUAUCGCGCUGAGGCAGGCUCUCGGGGCGUGGAUACAAAGGGGCUAUACCGCGUCCACGAAUUUACCAAGGUCGAAAUGUUCGGCUGGGCAGAUAAUACCCCUACAUCAUCUUCACCAACUUCAGAUGAUCUCUUCGGUGGUCUUUUGACAGUACAGAAAGAGAUCCUAACUUCUCUCCAACUUCCCUGUCGCGUUCUUGAGAUGCCAACCUCGGAUCUCGGAGCCAGCGCCACCCGCAAGCGUGAUAUUGAGGCACUAUUCCCGUCUCGUAUGCGUGGCGAUGAGCUCGAGAACGGAUGGGGAGAGGUCACCUCGGCAUCCAUCUGCACAGAUUAUCAAUCCCGGCGACUGGGAACUCGCGUGCGCGGAAAUACGGCGAAAGAGUCUCGCUUCCCACAUACUGUUAACGGAACCGCGAUGGCAGUUCCAAGGGUGCUGGCGGCGAUUAUAGAGAAUGGGUGGGAUCCUGAACGCAAGGUGGUUGUCAUUCCCGAAUCUUUGCGACCUUGGAUGGGUGGCCAAGAAGUUAUUGGGAAGUAA